AUGAGCAGCAUAGGCACUGGCUACGAUCUAUCGGUGACCACAUUCUCGCCGGACGGCCGCGUUUUCCAGAUCGAAUACGCGGCGAAGGCCGUCGACAACAGCGGCACUGUGGUGGGCAUCAGAUGCAAGGAUGGGGUCGUUAUGGGAGUAGAAAAGCUGAUUGCUUCGAAGAUGAUGUUGCCCGGGUCCAACAGGAGAAUCCACUCCGUCCAUCGGCAUUCGGGCAUGGCUGUUGCUGGACUAGCUGCAGAUGGCAGGCAAAUUGUGGCAAGAGCAAAAUCUGAAGCAACUAACUAUGAGAGUGUGUAUGGUGAGCCAAUUCCUGGUUUCUGCAGACCCGAACAGAGUAGUUCCCCCGCCAGCAGCCACGGCCAGAGCUCCCUUCGCGUCGCACUCCUCAAGCCCCGUCUACUCCACCACUCGAAGACAUUUAGCAAACCUGUAUCUGGUUCUGAUGAGCCCCAGCAUAAUGGUUGGUUCCAAUCCUUCACAAUUGCUGCAUACAGACCCUACUUUGAUGUUGACACGUCUGAUGUUUUAGAAAGGAUCGGAGAUUCACUCUUUCCUUUCAGAGGAAGCUUCUCCGAGAAGACUGCAAGCAACCCAGAUUUGCGGCACACGAUGCUUUUCUGUUUGCUUGCAGUGUUUGUCGGUUAUCCCUCAGGAGAUUUUCCGUGGGUCAUUGCCGGUGUAGCUGGUUUCAUGUCCUCCUCGUUUGUGGCCCUAAACCUCAGAAUUCACAUCAAGUCUGCCGGAAAAAGUUGGUUCCUUAUCAUGGCUGCUCUCUUCUUGUUGCAGCUUGCUCUUGCUUUGGCCCUUAAAUUCUAUUUGUUCACCGUGACCAUGUAA